AGCACCUGAAGGCUGAGUGACUGGGUUCAUUCUGAUACCCUUUCAGAAAGAUGAAGCAUCUGUUGGUCUGGCUGCUCCUCUCCUCCCUCUGUUCCCUCUCAUCUUGGGGUAUAAGCGACACGUUGGUGGUGAUCCAGUCUCCUCAUAAUGUAACAGUAACAGAGGGGGACACUGUUCAGAUCCAGUGCUGCUGGAAUACAAAUGUGUCAAGAGCGACAGUUAAUCUGCAUAAAGAAGGACACACCGAGAUAAAAUAUAAUAGUUUACUGGUCAACAACAGUCAGUGUCAUGACAGGGCAUCUCAACAGACUGUAGCCUGUAACUGCUCAAAUUGGACCAUCUCAAACCUCACCAGAAAUGACAUGGGAACUUACCUCUGUAAAGUUACUAUAGAGAUACCAUCUUUUAUUGAAUCCGUUGGGAAUGGGACACGGAUAACAGUUACGUCCCAAAAUACGACAAACAAUGAUUCCUCAGAAGGAAAUCUGCCCCAACUGCUGCCUAUCAUGAUUCCACUUGCUGUCCUGCCACUGUUCCUCAUCGCUCUCAUCUGCCUGUACAGGGCACGGAAAAGACACCAAGGUGGUGCCCCAGACAGAGCAACCAGGGUGAUCCACGAGGCCCCCAACCAUGAGGACGAGGAGUUGAAGAUGGAGGAGCUGGAAGAGGCCGCCAACCAGAGCUCCUCCUCCAGAGGAUCCACCCAAUGGUGUCAAGUCCAGGUGUAUGAAUCACUUGAUUACAUGGCUUUACCAACCCAAGACAAAGGUUAAGGACCGGCUCAGCCCAGUCUGUGAAUGUAUUUUUCUAUUGCGUUUCAUGUGUCAGUCUUUUCUGUAUGUAUUUUACAGUAUGUAUGUACAGUGUCUUUUUGAUGUGUGUGUUUUUGUAUUUGAUUGCAGUAGGUUAUUACUGCUAUUGUUUCUUCUAUAAACCAUUUUUACUGUGUGGAAUGUACUUUAUUCUCCAGUGAGGGAGCGAAAGAGAAACUCAUGUAAAUCUAGAUUGUGCAAUGAGGUACUUUUACAGAGAUCUGUGAAUAGUUACCCUUUAUUUAACUCUGGUUUGUAUCUUCGACCUAUGCAAAAGCCAGUGUUCACAUGAAAAGUGCGUGUGCGCACAUAUGCACGUGAAUGUGUCUAUGUGCCUGACAAGAGAAAGCGAGUAAAAGAGAAAAAGUGGAAAUUAUACGACACAAGAGACAUAUAUAUCACUGAGUGCGUUUUGACAAUAAUAAU